AUGCCAAUACAAGGAGGAGAAUUAAACUACAACAAGGACAAAGAUGAUAAAAAAAAGCCUGAGGACGGAAAGCCGGCUGGCGACAAGCCAACCAGCACAGAAAAGCCAAAGGCCGACACACCCAGGCCCGGCCCAAGCAGCGCCGAGCGGCCCACAAUGGGCGCGCCAAACCCCGAGAAGAGCGCUGAGAAGAGCGCGAACCCCUUUUCCGGCGAAAAAGCCGCCCAGGAAAAGAGGCCGGACCCUCUUCUCCCAAAGACACAGCCUACAGCGCCCUCUGACAAAGAAAAGAUUGAGUCUAGCAAGCUGUCCAACACAGCCGGCCCAGACUCCAAGGUGCCCGGCAGCGUGCCUGUGCCGCCCAAGCCCUCCGCCAGCAGCGGCCAGGGAAACAGCAGGCCGAUGGACCAGAAGGCUCCCAUGGGUGGAAACAGCAGGCCUUCAGCAGAGCCAAGCAGGCCUGGGGCUGGCUUAAAAGAAACUGGUGCUGCUGCAUCAUUGUCGUCUGGUAACUCAGCGCCGAAGAGCACAGGCAAUUUAGACAAGAAUAUAUCCCAGAGCUCCCAGGAGGAAGAAGAGCCAAACCCAAUAGUAAAGUUCUUUAGGACCAUUAAGAACGCCAUCAUGGGAUUCUGCUGCCAAACAGAAGACGACAUAAGGCACAUAGCUUAA